AGUCCACUAGUGUCAGAUUGUCGGGCGAAUUCGAUACUUUUAUAGAGUUUUUUUUUUAAAAUUAUAUAAUAAAUAUAUAUAUUUUAGCGUUCAACCGAAUUACGAAGCACACCGUUUUUUAAACUACCGUUUACAAAAUCGCACAAUAAUAUUCGCAGUUUUUUAUUUUUUAAAUUAUAUCAUUAUCUUAGUUUAAAAAAUGUAUCCCACAGAUUCGUCAAUGCCUCCACCGCCGUAUCCCGUGCCACAACACGAAGCACAAUCGUCUGUCAUAUUCGUUCAGAAUCCAAUUGUUGGUCCUAAGUCGACUCGCUUGAUCUGCCCAAAUUGCAGGGCCGACGUGUUCACUAGGACUACCGAAAGUGCAACUGCCAAAGCUUGGAUGUGUAGCUUUUUAAUGUUCCUCACCGGACUGUUUUGUUGUUCGUGUAUUCCACUGUGCAUGGAAAGUUUUCAAAAAGUCGACCACCAUUGUCCGUCUUGUGGAGCUUACGUUGGUUCCUAUCAUGUCGAUUGAAUAAGACGCUUUCAUAAUAAUUACCAUACGCCUAUGUCGGCGGAUGUAUUCGCAAUAUUAUCAUUUUCAAAUGUAUGUUUUAUCUAUAAAUAGUAGAAUUGUUACUAUUAUUAUUUUUUUUUAUGUAUAUACAAAAUAAUUAGAACUGUAGUUUAAAAAACAUGAAUUUCAUCUAAUUUCAUCCGCUGGCAAGAACUACACAUCAGCCAAGAUUAUUAUAACGAUCGUAUGAUGUGGGCUAAGUUAAAAAAAAAGAAAAAGCGCUGCCAUUUAAACCGUGUGGAUUGUGUUGUUUUUUUUUAUUGUGUGGCAAUGUCAGGUUGAAGAUAAUCCGUUUGUAAAAAUCAUGUUGAUCUAUUGAUCUAGCCAAGAGGAGUUGCGAGCCCUGCUGAAAAAUUAUAACAAAAUAAACAGUAAUGAAAUCAGCAUAAAACAUCUCUUUAUGCGUUCACUUUUAUACAUUUGGCUAUUUUUUUUUUUUAGCCAAAAUUUAAAUGUUUACUAAAAAUCACACGGAAAAGUAUUUUGGAGAAAUCUAAUAAUUGGCAAUCAUUUCUACACAAUUGUUAAUAAUUAUUGAAAAACAUAUUUUAAAAUUAAGUUUUGACAGGAAAUCAAAAUAUAUUAAU